CAAGCCUGGAUAUCUCCACCAUCGACUCUCGAAAGACGCCAUGGGACUGCUUACAUCCUCGACGCUCACCGCACUCCUCAUCCCGCCAGCUGCUGGAGUAGUUUAUCUGCUCUACCUUGAUCGCCGACUGUCGAAGAGAGUCAAGCACGAGUACACGGAGCUCGGCCCAUACGUUCGAGGCGACGGACCCAGCAAUUUACCCCCGGGUGCCAAUAGACCCGGAGCCAAGAUAUUCACCGACUCCCUGCGCCUCGAGCUCCCGACGAAGAGCUUAGCACCGGUCGGGACUUCGCAAUUGUUGACUCUGUACCUCCGGAACAACUUCAGCAUCUUCACCCGCACUCCCCAGGGGUAUCUCAUGCGGUGGAUGAAUAAGGGCAAGGCCGACAGCGCGUCAGAGGCGUACACCCCCGAGGGCGUCCGACGGCUCGAGUUCAAGGUGGGCGACGCGGUGCUGGGGAUGUACCACGUCGCCCACAGGGAGGACUCCCAGGGCCUAGUGGAAUUCAAAAUGCAAGGGCCUGACGAACGUGUCGCUGGCGCGUUGGUCAUACGCCUGUCACGAGAGGAUGAUAUCACGACCAUUACGAAUCAGACGUUCAUGUGGAAUCCGCUGGACUUGAGUUCGGCGAAGACACUACCCCUAACGAAGAAAUUGCUCGGAUGGGCGCACGAACUGACGGCAAAGUAUCUUAUGGUCAGCGGGGCGGACGCCUUAUGUCGCACCCCCUACGCGAAAGAUUGAUUGCAGGAGCGCAUUUUUGGUUGGCUUGUGGGACAGGACUAUGGUUAUGCUGCUUCCUUGACUAUCCGGGAACGGCAAAAGCUUGUACAAUGUAUCAGUAUUCAAUCUCCUGAUUUCGUGAUUCUCCCUCGGUAUGCAUGGUGCCCUGACAGGAUGCCAGUGUAUGACACAAUCGAGUCUUUCAGAGCUCUGACUAUCAUUAGAAGCGGACUGCAUAUCACACAGUUCACUGUCAACGCCAGCUUGCACUUCGCAAGUCUUGUUCUCUACAAUUCGCCGUAAGUCUAAUAAACGUUCACAUCCAUAUACCCUAUAUUAACCAGAUCUUCGGCAAGCAUGAUUACUAGUACAUUCGCCUCGUCUCACAUCCCGGUUCCCACCUAUGUCUCCCGUGGGUGCACAACGAGUUUUUGCCCACUGACCCUUCCCUCCGCUAGCUCCUUCAAUCCCUCCGGCACACUCUUUAACCCUCCCGGGAGCACGCGGAUGGGGUUCGGCUGAUUAAAAGCCAAUCUCCAAGGGCCGCAAACAAGUUCUUCGCAGCGUC